AUGGGUUCUACAGAGUCGAGCACCGAUCAAACCCUCGUCAACACCAGCACCCCGAAUCUCUUCUCCCUACACGACAGAACGGUUAUAGGCAACAUCACUGGCGCGACCGGUGGCCUUGGUUCACAACUUACCAGAGCCAUUCUUGAGUCCGGCGGCGAUGUCAUAGCCAUCGAUUACGGCGACGUUCCGCCAACGACAUGGGAACCCCUUCAAUCUCUCGCAAAAUCCCUCUCUCGCAACCUCACCUACCAUGCCUGCGACAUCUCCUCCCAAUCUCCUACCACUAGCGUCUUCGAAGCAGCAGCUGCCCAAGCCCGAUAUCCUGUCCGCGGUCUAGUCAAUUGUGCGGGCAUUGGAAUCGUGGGUGAUUCCAUCGUUUUUCCUGAGGAUCAAACGAGACGUACACUAGAUGUCAAUCUCGCUGGUAGUUUGUAUGUUGCGCAGGCAGCGGCAAAGGUUGUGACGAAGCAGCAUCACGAGGGAAAGAGUCUGGGAGCGAGCUUUGUGUUUGUGGCGAGCAUGAGCGGGUAUAUUUCCAACAAAGCCACCCCAACAGCAAUCUACUCCGCCUCCAAAGCCGGCGUCCACCAACUCGUCCGCUCCCUCGCUGGCGAAUGGGGUUCCUCAUCUCCAACUUCAUCUUCAAGCCCAAUCAUCCGAGUCAACUCCAUCAGCCCCGGUGUCAUCGAAACGCCCAUGACGCAGCACGUCCUCGCCCGAGAAGAAUGGACCUCAGUAUGGCGACAGGAAGCAAUGCUCAAGCGAAUCUCCACCCCAGACGAGUAUCGCGGCGCCGUCAUCUUUCUGCUUGCGGACGCGAGUUCAUAUGUUACGGGCACUGAUUUGCGUGUGGAUGGCGGGUCGACGGCGUGGUGAGAAUUGAUACGACAAUAGAUAGAUAGCGCAGUAUUGGAUUCAUGUUUCACAUUUGCUCCUCUUUAAUAGAAGCAUUGUUCGUGUAGCUUUGCAGCGGGUUGUCAUGACUCCCGGCCUUCCGUCUCAGCGAAACUCGCUCUCAUUCUCGUCUUCAUCACUGUCUCUUGCGCCCCGAAGUAUCGGCUGCCUCUUCCAAUGCAAUACCUUUCCAAUAAUUCAGUCAGCAACAACGCAUCUCAGUGCAGUAUUCCGCCAUCAGGAAACCCACUCGUAGAUAGACGCCCACGUAGAGUGCCAAAAGCACCGCAUACCCAAUCCUCUUGAUGAAAUUC